AUGCACAUACACGGUUCCAGUGACGAUACAUCGGUUGCGAUCGUGGAGAAAAUAGCCAACCCCCGUGGCGGAGAUCAAGCCAGGAUACACUUUCUGGAGAACAUUACAGCCGAUUCACGCGCGCAUCGCGGAAUUCAUCCAAUUCUUGCCCUUGAGUCCCAUCAAGAGAACCUUGCCGAUCUCGUCAAUAAAGCUCUAAAGAGCCUACCUUCCACCGAUGAUGCAUCCUGGGUCAUUCGACUCGCGGAUGGCUCAAUUCGCCGGCGGCCUGACUUCAUCUCUGCGACAAGAGGUCCGGGAAUGCGCUCUAAUCUAUCGGUUGGGCUAGAUACCGGGAAAGCACUCGCAGUUGCAUGGCAGAUCCCCAUCGUGGGCGUGCAUCACAUGCAGGCUCAUCUCUUGACGCCUCGCCUGGUCUCCUGUUUGGAUCAGGCCGGUGCCUUGGAUACGGCGGCCCAAUUGUCUCCGUCGUUCCCCUUCCUUUCCCUCCUCGUGUCAGGCGGUCAUUCGAUUAUCGUGCAUUCUCAAUCUUUGACCGAGCACAAGAUCAUGGCAUCAAGCGAUGACAUUGCCAUGGGUGAGACGCUUGACAAAGCAGCACGUGAUAUUUUACCGCCCGCUCUGCUGGAACAAGCCAAGACAACCAUGUACGGGAAAACGCUCGAGCAGUUCGUCUUUCCCAACGGGCCUGCUGAUUUCGCCGACUAUCGCCCUCCGAUAACCCGCGGCGAGGAAGUCGCCAAACGCAAGAGCAAAUGGGGAUGGAGUAUCACGACGCCCUUUGCAAACACACGGGCCCUGCAACUGAGCUUCUCAUCUGUUGCCAGUAUGGUCAAUAAAAUUGUCAAACAAAGAGGAGGCCUUCUCUCGGAUGAGGAAAGAGUUGAUCUUGGCCGCGAAGCGAUGCGUGUGUGCUUUGAACACUUGUCAUCGAGGACGAUCAUAGCCCUCGAAGCUCUUCGACUUCGAGGUCGGGAUGAACAGCAUAUCAACACUCUUGUAAUCAGCGGUGGUGUGGCAGCCAACAAGUUCUUGAUGCACGUUCUGCGCUCAUGCUUGGAUGCUCGUGGCUUCGAAAAGAUGAAUCUUGUGGCUCCACCGCCUUACUUGUGCACUGAUAACGCAGCUAUGAUCGGGUGGGCUGGAAUCGAAAUGUAUGAGGCUGGCUGGCGAACUCGGCUGAGUUGUCGCGCUCUCCGCAAGUGGACGCUUGACCCCGAGGCUGAGGACGGCGGUAUUCUGGGACCUACUGGUUGGGUUCGUGAGCAAGCUAUGUUGUAA